AAAAGAAGCCAAGAAUAUCCUCUCCCCACACUGUCCUAAAGCUGGAAGAAGUUGACAGACGGACCACUGAUAUACCCAUUGCUACUGCGUAGUAUAUAGUUAGAAGAUACCUCUAAAACCACUUUCCCAAAUCCAAAUAAAAGCCUUAUUUCUCUCUCUUAGUCGCUCUCAAAUCCGGGGUUUAUACCUUUACUUUUUCAACCCUCAAUUUCAUUCACUGUAUUCAAUUCAAGAUCCGCUCUCUGAUAAUAUCAUCAUGCCUACUAGAUCUUCCGCUGCUGUCUUUCAUGGCGUCCGUACUUUGAAAAUUUGGUAGGGGGGCUGCUGAGGUUGGUUUGCUUUUUUGUUCAAACCCUUUAAUUAAAGAUGCUGCUGUUGCAAAGUUUGGGUACUAAAGUUCUCAGCUGGAAACUAAUUCAUAGCCAUGAAGAUCUGUUUCUUGGUCUAUUUGUUUCUUCUUCUGAGGCCUAAAGUUUGGAUAUUUUAGUAAAUAUCCCAGUUCUUGUUAUCUUGUUUCAAGAUCCAAAGGUUGCUGUUUUGGUUGUAUUAAGGGAAAGGAAAAAGAAGCUCGGAAAUUUCUAAAGGAAUAAUGGAGAAAUAUUAGUAGUAGUUUUAAGGAAAAAUACAAGGUUUUUUUUUGGUAAUGGUGAACGAUAAGUGGAGUAGUAUAUUUUUAGUUUAUUGGAAGCUCUGAAAUCGAAAGAUACAACAAGUUGUCUAGUGCUUGACGCCAAGGAUAUAUAGUGCCGUUUCAUUUUGGUAAUUGGUUUUCUUGCAUUUUGAGAAUCAUUCUCUCUUUUAGUAUUACCAAGAAAAGGUCAUAUCCAAUUCCAUAUCACAGACAUUCUCAUUUUGUUCAGAGCUCCAAACAAAGAAAAGACAAGAAUAAUGCUAAAAGUCUCAAGUGCUUGAAGCAGAGUAAGUAAGUCCUGUGCUUGUUUAUUGAGAACUUGUAAAAUUUUAAAGGGCAUAUUUGUAAAUCAAGCAAUGGCUUCCUGCAAGGAUGGUAAGACGUCGUCAGUAUUGGAUAACGGAAAAUAUGUCCGGUAUACACCUGAGCAGGUUGAAGCACUUGAGAGGCUUUAUCAUGAUUGCCCUAAACCUACUUCCAUGCGCCGUCAGCAACUUAUCCGUGAAUGUCCUAUUCUCUCCAAUAUUGAACCUAAACAAAUCAAAGUCUGGUUCCAGAAUCGAAGAUGCAGAGAGAAACAGAGGAAAGAGGCGUCACGGCUACAAGCUGUGAAUAGGAAGCUGACGGCAAUGAACAAGCUAUUAAUGGAGGAGAAUGACAGAUUACAGAAGCAAGUUUCUCAACUCGUGUAUGAAAAUGGCUACUUUCGCAGGCAAACUCACAGUACAACGCUUGCAACAAAAGAUACGAGUUGUGAAUCAGUGGUGACGAGUAGUCAACACCACUUGACAUCUCAGCAUCCGCCAAGGGAUGCUAGCCCUGCAGGGCUUUUGUCCAUUGCAGAAGAAACUUUAACAGAGUUUCUUUCAAAGGCUACUGGAACUGCUGUUGAGUGGGUCCAAAUGCCUGGAAUGAAGCCUGGUCCGGAUUCCAUUGGAAUCAUUGCUAUUUCUCAUGGUUGCACUGGCGUGGCAGCACGAGCCUGUGGCCUGGUUGGUCUAGAGCCAACGAGGGUUGCUGAAAUCCUUAAGGAUCGCCCCUCUUGGUUUCGAGACUGCCGGGCCGUUGAUGCUCUCAAUGUGCUGCCUACUGCCAAUGGUGGAACCAUUGAACUUCUUUAUAUGCAGGUUGCUGAAAUCCUUAAGGAUCGCCCCUCUUGGUUUCGAGACUGCCGGGCCGUUGAUGCUCUCAAUGUGCUGCCUACUGCCAAUGGUGGAACCAUUGAACUUCUUUAUAUGCAGCUUUAUGCACCAACGACGCUGGCACCUGCCCGUGACUUCUGGCUGUUGCGGUAUACAACUGUUAUGGAUGAUGGCAGUCUCGUGGUGUGUGAAAGGUCACUUGGAAAUACUCAAAAUGGUCCUAGUAUGCCACCAGUUCAGAAUUUUGUGAGAGCAGAAAUCCUACCUAGUGGAUACCUGAUUAGACCUUGUGAGGGCGGUGGUUCAAUUAUCCACAUUGUCGAUCAUAUGAAUUUAGAGGCAUGGAGUGUGCCAGAAGUGUUGCGCCCACUUUAUGAGUCAUCAGCAGUGCUAGCUCAGAAGACGACAGUGGCAGCUCUACGAUACCUCAGACAGAUUGCACAAGAGGUUUCACAGACUAAUGUCACUAACUGGGGAAGACGACCAGCAGCUCUACGCGCAUUAAGCCAGAGGUUGAGCAGAGGCUUCAAUGAGGCUCUGAAUGGUUUGACUGAUGAGGGUUGGUCAAUGCUCGGUAGUGAUGGAAUGGAUGAUAUUACCAUCCUUGUGAACUCUUCUCCUGACAAAUUGAUGGGCUUAAACCUUUCUUUUGCGAAUGGAUUUUCAUCUUUGAGCAAUGCAGUUAUGUGUGCAAAAGCGUCGAUGCUUCUACAGAAUGUGCCUCCUGCUAUACUUCUGAGGUUUCUGCGGGAGCAUCGAUCUGAAUGGGCAGACAACAAUAUUGAUGCUUACUCUGCUGCAGCCAUCAAAGUUGGUCCCUGCUGCCUUCCUGGGGCUCAAGUUGGUAACUUUGGGGGUCAAGUGAUACUUCCACUGGCGCAUACUGUUGAGCAUGAAGAGUUGCUGGAGGUCAUUAAGUUGGAAGGAGUUGGCCAUUCUCCUGAGGAUACUAUAAUGCCGAGAGAUAUGUUUCUGUUGCAACUAUGCAGUGGAAUGGAUGAAAAUGCUGUUGGAACCUCCGCCGAACUCAUAUUUGCUCCUAUUGAUGCCUCGUUUGCUGAUGAUGCACCAUUGCUCCCGUCUGGGUUUCGCAUUAUUUCUCUCGAAUCUGGAAAGGAAUCCUCCAGUCCGAACCGCACCCUUGAUCUUACUUCUGCUCUCGAGACUGGCCCAGCCGAAAACAAAGUGGGCAAUGACCUUCACACUAAUGGUGGCACAUCAAGAUCUGUCAUGACAAUUGCUUUUCAAUUUGCAUUUGAAAGCCACAUGCAAGAAAAUGUUGCUUCAAUGGCUCGACAGUAUGUCCGAAGCAUUAUCUCAUCUGUUCAGAGGGUUGCAUUAGCACUUUCACCGUCUCACUUGGGUUCCCAUGGAGGUCUUCGUCUGCCAUUGGGUACUCCUGAAGCACAUACAUUAGCUCGUUGGAUCUGCCAAAGUUACAGGUGCUUUUUGGGCGUGGAGCUUCUGAAAUCGAUUGCUGAAGGAAGUGACUCAAUCCUCAAAAGCCUAUGGCAUCACUCGGAUGCUAUUAUCUGCUGCUCUGCUAAGGCUUUGCCAGUUUUCACGUUUGCAAAUCAGGCUGGUCUUGACAUGCUUGAGACAACCUUGGUUGCACUUCAAGAUAUUACCUUGGAGAAAAUUUUCGAUGAUCACGGAAAGAAGAACCUCUGCACUGAGUUCCCACAGAUAAUGCAACAGGGUUUUGCAUGUCUUCAAGGGGGCAUUUGCUUGUCAAGCAUGAGUAGACCUAUUUCUUAUGAGAGAGCAGUGGCGUGGAAAGUUAUGAAUGAAGAAGAUAGUCCUCACUGCAUCUGUUUCAUGUUUGUGAACUGGUCGUUUGUCUAAGAUACUUUUGCCUAGAUCUGCUUUUGAGGGAUCAGUAAACUCAACCUAAGAACCCUCAAAUAUCUCCCUAAGAACCAUUUUGGACUAGUUUGGUUUGUGAGACUUGUUUAUUAUGCUUUCCUUGCUACUCAGGAAGUUUAUGCUAUGUCUUUGAUGCCUUAUGCUACUUGAAAUCGUCACAUAUAUCUAAUUGGGAUAGUGGAUAUGGGAUUAUUAUGAA